ACCUAAUCAAAACACCAACCAAUCAUCCUUUUUACCUCCAGGUUCUAUUGUUUCUGUACUGCACCCCCUUCUUCCUUGUUCUCUUUUGUUAAUGUAAACACUCUUCUCCCUUACUGGCUUCCCUCUCCCUCUCUGUGCCAAAUUGCAGGUUUUGAACUCACAUAAUUGACCCUUUUCAGAGAGGGUCCAUACCCUUCUCUCUUUUUCAUCUAAUUUGAACAUAAACUCAACCCCCAUUGUCCCAGAUGGAGAAUUCCCAAGAAAUUGCGGUCACCCAGAUGAGGAAAUCAGUUGAGAAGCUUGGUUCUUCAACUGAGGUACUUGUCAUGUAAUGCUCAUUGUCGGAGAGUUUUGUGUGGAGUUAUGGGUGUACAACACUUAUGAGAUUCUUGAUUGCGAGGUCAAUGGACCCAGAGAAGGCAGCUAAGAUGUUUGUGCAGUGGCAGAAGUGGAGGGCUGCGUUUGUUCCCAAUGGUUUUAUAUCAGACUCUGAAGUUCAAGAUGAACUGGAAGCAAGAAAGAUAUAUUUGCAGAGUUCAACAAAAGAGGGAUAUCCAUUGUUGAUUAUCAAAGCAAGCAAACAUUUUCCUGCAAAGGAUCAUCUUCAAUUCAAGAAGUUCGUGGUUCAUUUACUAGACAAAACGAUUGCAAGCUCAUUCAGAGGAAGAGAAAUAGGAAAUGAGAAGUUGAUUGGCAUUCUAGAUCUGCAGCAAAUUACAUAUAGGAAUGUUGAUGCACGCGGUUUAAUCACUGGUUUUCAAUUUUUGCAGGCUUAUUACCCUGAACGUUUAGCAAAGCUCUUCAUUUUAGAUAUGCCAUGGUUCUUUGUCAGUGUUUGGAAGGUGGUCUCUCGCUUCCUUGAGAAAGCAACACUGCAAAAGAUUGUUAUAGUCACCAAUGAAGAAGAAAGAAAAAACUUUGUAAAGGAAAUCGGCGAAGAAUCAUUGCCUGAAGUGUAUGGUGGUGAAGCAAAGCUUGUAGCUCUCCAAGAUGUUAUACUACCUCAGUUGGAGGGUUGAAAGGAAAAACAGGUUAAAAAGGUGGCUGCUAGAACACAGACAACUUUAACAGUUAUAUAUAUUAGUGGAUCAUACUUGCUGUCAACAGGCAGUGUUGGCUAAAUCCAGCAAAUACAUGUUAAUGAAUGUUGAAUAUUUAUAUGCUCUACUGCUAUGUUCCUUUGUCAUUGACACUAACGGAAAGGUUCUUCAUAAUAAGAUGGCCUCAAUUGGCAAUCUAUGUUGGCUCAA